UGUGUGUGUACAUGUGUCUGUGCAUAUGUGUCCCUGUGUGUGUUGGGGGGUGAGCACGCACAUGUGUGUGUAUGUGUAUGUGUAAGUAUGUGUGUAUACGCUUCCAUUCUUGUUAUUCAACGGCAGAGUCUGAGAAACGUGUUGGAGAUGACAACGGCAUAGUGUGUUUACUCCAGAAGAACAACUAUGUCUUGGCUAGCGCUUCAAAGUACGUUCACUCACCUUGCAGUUACAUUGGUAUACGCCAUCUUGGGCCUUACCGUGUUUGGGUUGCUUUGAAUUCAAGAUGCAAUCUCAGCAGAGACGCUUCGCCUUUUCAAUCAAACAAUAGCUUUGUCGUUGUUCAAGCAAAUGCUGAUAGUUACAGAGGCAUCUCUCAUGAUUAUCAUUCUUGUUGGAAUGAAAGGAAAGGGAGAUAUCCUCCUGAUUACUUCACUGAUGAUGAUGGUGACAUUGCGUUCACUGCUGGUCACCUGUUUUGUUGUCCCACUGGCGGGCAGAUUGGUCACACUGGGAAAGUUCCGGUUGUCUUUAAGCUUUAAUUUGGUCAUGCUAGCUAUGAUGCUACGAUAUUGGAUCUCUCACGGCUCGCCUCUUGCAACAGUUCGGAGAUAUAAAAUCACAGUCACUCUACAGUUACCAUCAGACAAAUGGACAUGGAUGAGAAAGUAUAAAUACACACCACCUGUCCUACAGUGCAUUGCAGAUGGAUCUAAUCGUAGUCAACCAAACAAGCAAAUUCUUGUAUCCAAAGACUCCGUUAUUGAAUGUUUUCUAAGCUUGACGAGUGCUCCAAUCCGUUCAAAUGACUGCCUAUUUUCUUGUACAUCUGCUGCACUUCGAGUCUCCGUUUUCUACGGGAAAGUAGCUUCAUUAUUUGACUUUGAUAUGUACCGAGAUAACACUGGAUAUCGUCGUAAACUUUUUGUGUCCAACCUUUCUUAUGCUGACCAAACACUAAGUACAAUAAAAGUGCUAACAAAAUGCUUGCAGCCAAUGGCCCUAAACUGGACAGACGUCGAAGCCGUUUAUGUUUUCAGUGUAAUUGCACCAACAUCAGACAGUCACAGGACAGGUGUUUCAACGCUACAUUUGUGCCUCGGUGUUGCAUGCAGUGAAUUUUUGUUAGUUGUUUUAGCAUUUGUUUUUUAUAUAUUCUAUUUGAAGAAGUGCAGAAUCAACAGAGGUACUGGAGCAAUCAAGUGGGAGGCUCACAUCUCGUUUGCCUUCAUUUAAUUAAAGAAUCAG